AUGCAGUGCGACGAUGAUGGUUCAUCAUGUCACAUUGAAAAGGAUCACGGAUUUUUAGCCACUCUGGUUGAAUCGUUCACCGCAGGGACUCCAUUUUCUGCGUUUCUCCUUGCUGGUGAAAUUUGUUUUGUUAUAACGCUUUUCGCAUCAAUACCUAAUACCAGAAAAGAUUCUGUAUUUUGUUUUCUAGCAACAAUAUUUGCUCCAUUUCUGGUUAAAACAAGUGUAGAAGUGGCAUACUUUAUUUCAAUUUAUUUUUACACUUCAUCUUACACUUUUUGGAGCUGGAUUCACGAUUCCGUCGUUUCUUUUUGUUACUCCAGUUUCUUAUUCAACUUUCAAUAUGGAAUGGUGCUCUAUUCCUGGCAGUCAAUAAUUGUAGCAGUGAAGAAAAGACCAGUAACGAAAUCAUAUACACGAUGGCCAUACAUUCUCCUGUUUUUCAUAACUCUCAUUCAAGCAGCACUGUUUUGGCAAAUAAUGAUUCUAGGGUUUAUAUCAAUGCUGUUGAUCCUGGUACUUGCUCCACUGACUAUUACUGUGACUAUCUUUUGCGCUUUCUGUUGCAAAUCUAACCCAACAUCGGAGCAUGAAGCAGUUCGAAAUGCCAAGUGUAUAAUGCUUUGGAAUAUUCCCGGUUUACUACUCACAAUGUCUGAUGUUGCUGGACAAAUUUAUUUGACGGCGUAUUCAAACUCUAACGCAAUUCAUCACAAAGAAUAUUUGUUCUCCAUCUUGUAUCCUGCAGCUACUGUAUUAAUAAUGUUUAUUACAUUACCUGCUUUGAGAAAAGCAAUUUUUCCUUGUUGUUUCACAACAGACAACGAUAACAGCGAUCGAAUGUUUUUUGUUACAAGAGAUAGCAUUUCACAAGGCUCGGUGGGUUCACCAACUCCAUCGGAUCAGUCAAAUAUUAGUACAAUUUCGAAUCCGCCAAUUGUCACUUACCCCAAUAACUCAGUAGUUCCAUAUAACCCUGUAACUCCGCUUUAUCCAUAUUUCCCUAUGCCUAAUAUGUAUCCACAGGCAUAUCCGCAAGACUUCCAACACCAAUACCAACCCCUUUUUGUACCAGUUCCGAUGACGUUUUAUAAUCAGUCCCAGUUUCCCAUGCGUCAAAAUGAGAUACCAGUAGUUCAAUAAUAAGUAUUUUCUUUUGCGGAGUAAUUGAUUUAUGUCUGUGAUUAUGAUGAUUCAAUUGAUUUGGUGAAAAAAUACGGUAUAUAAAAUAUAAUGAAUGAAAUUUGAAUA